AUGACAGAGAAUUUGCCAGCUGGUGAGCAGGAACCCAAUGAAGGCUCCCCUCUGCUGCAUCAGAACCCCCUGGGCCCUGACUUGGAAGGUUUGCGCGGCGUAGACGCAACAAAUGCCGAACUCGAGUUCGUAGUGGAAAGCACGGGGGUCGCACUCGUUGAAGAAGCAAUGGGUAAUGGAUCCAGCCCACAGGGCGCGCCGUCAAACGGGCCAGAAACUGAAGAAGCCCGCUGGCUGCGGGAGUCAAAGCUCAAGCACUCAAAGCUAGCGUGGUACUACAGACCCAGUUUGUCUCUUUUGUGCUUCACAGUAGCCUUGAUGUCCCUGGCAGAGACCAUGGUGGCCUCUCCUUCUAUCAUCCUCACGACACAAAAAGUGUGCCAGGGCAUUUCGCCAGGUUCGCCCGAUAGCCCUGAAGAGGCCAGAUGUGACAUGCCUAAGGCGCAGUCAACUUUCUCUUCUAUCCAAUCUGCUCAGAUGUUGAUACAAGGAAUAGUGGGAACGUUGCUAGCAGGAAAAUUAGGCGAACUCUCUGACCGGUUCGGCAGAAAGCCAAUCUUCCAAUACGUCGGGUGCGUGAGGCUAGUGAGUUUGCUAGCUAUUGUCUACACCAUCCUUCCCUCAACGCCUUACAGCAAAUGGAAAAUCAUUCUCGCAAACAGUAUCCAGGCCUUAUCUGGCGGUCUGAUGCUGACUAUUGCAAAUGGAAACAGUUACAUCACGGAUUGUACAGAGCCAAAAGACCGAACAAUAGCAAUUAGUAUGCUAAUGAGUACAAUCUACGCCUGUAUCGGAACUGGUCCUCUUAUCGGCUCCGCGGCCAUCAAGUUAUCCAACGGGAACAACUACAUGCCAUUCGUGAUAGCCGUGAUGUUCAUCACGUUCUUCACUAUCUUUACUACUAUAUUUUUGACCGAGUCCCGCCAUGUUAACGCGUUGAGACAAAGCCAGACUAAAUUCCGCGAUCGCAGACGCAGCUUUGAAAGUGUUUUAACGAACACCUCGUCUGUGUCUGUCACUAGGCAUGGCAGGUACCAGGCUCUCAAGUUCUUGGACCUGCUAUCUCCACUGAAAAAGAUGUGGCUACCGCCAUCGGUACAUGGCUCACUGAUCCCAAGAUACACAGUACUAAUUCUCGUAGCGCUGGACGUUCUAUUUAUUAUCUCGACAACAGGCAUGGUCGUCCCGCUUGUGCUCUUCGCUACAUAUAAGUACCGGUGGGACUCUGUGCACUUGGGGUACUUCAUCUCAUUCAUAGGAAUCGGGAGAGCUAUGGUCCUGUUGAUACUUUCGCCGCUGUUCUUGCACGUCCUCAAGAAAAUGUACACUCGACUGGACAACUCGGUAGACGCCAUUGACCUGAUGUCGCUUCGUACUGCCAUGUUUUCUGUGGUAAUUUCUAUCGCCGCCAUUCUUUUGUGGGACGAUACCCGCGGGCUGGUCCUGUUGGUUUUUGCGGUUUUCCAAAACCUGAGCGCCUUCUUCUCGCCAACACUUCAAGCCACGCUGGUCAAAUACUGCUCCAAGUCAUCUUUGGGCGAGCUCUUUGGCGCUAUUGCUCUCGUAAGAAGCGCUACUAUGCUUGUAUUCCCACCGAUCUUACUGCUCGUCUACGCCCACACAAACACCACAAAACCAAAGAUCUUCAUGACUGUUCCUUUGCUUGCAAGUAUCCUUGCUUUCAUACUGACCUUCAUGCUUCACAUCGUUACCGAUUCAGAACUUCUUCGCAGGCCAUCUCAGGCAUCUUUGGCACCUUCCUCACAGCCUGCACAUACGAACAAAGGUUCCAAAGACCAAAGAAUGUCGACCUCCAGGACAUCCCGUAAGCCCAGCUCUAUAUAA